CGAAACAUCAUCGUUCAAUUGUAAACAACUGCUGAAUCGUCGCCUAUUCAUCAGAAAUGUGGCAGAAUAGAAAUUUUGGCUAAACGUUUUCAAACGGAAAAUUCAUCGUGUCUUUUUGAAAAAAGCUUAAAUUUGUCUAAUUAUGGAUUGACAAGUUCCUUCGGUCUCAAUGAAAAGAAUUUGUGGAAGUAACAGGUGCACGGACUGUCCAAGCAUCGGUUUAUUAUUUUGGUUGUUAAGUCCGAAGAUCCUGUAGUUACAACCAUGGUGAACGAUUCAGCUAAAAUUUUCGCGCUGGUCGUUACGGCGAUCAGAAACCUUCGAGAACUGAAAGGCUCGACUUCAAAAGAAAUUUUGAAUUACAUCUCGAACAUCUAUGACAUUUCUCCGGAUGCGGCCCGUCGUCAGAUGCAAACAGCUUUGAAACGCGGCGUGGCUUACGGGAUCCUGAAGAAGAAUGGCGGCCACUAUAUCCUACCAACCAACAGCGAGAUGAGGCUACAGGAGAUCGCGGAGCAGGAGGUGAACCUGUUGGACAUUUGUCGCAAAACGAAAAUGCAGAAGAAGAUGGGGUGUAAAUGCAAGAAGCGACGGCGCAGACGAAGGAGGAGAAGGCGAACGAAGAAAUACUGCAGAUGCAAGAGGAGAAAGUCGAGGAGACGGAAACGAAGACGCAGGAGAAGGAAGAAGAAGAGGUGUAAAUGCGGCGGUAUCAUAAACAGACGCGAUCAAUGUAGAAUGAAGCGAGCCAUAACACCUCGAACUGUUGACAAUUUUGAGGAGACGAAAUCUAUGGAACUGCCAAUCGAGGCUUACGAGGAGAGCGAGCGUAGUUCCGUGUCCUCCGUAUCCUCGAUAACCGAUUAGAAACGUAAGUUCGUAUUCUUCUAUGGUGGCACAAUCAUAACUGAUAACAUAUUUCAAAGAAAACAAGUGUUCCUUAUUAGAACAAGGAAAAGAAACCGAUUUCAAGGAUUGUUUCUUUAACAAAAAAUGAUAAGUGGUUAGGGGUGUAAGCAGUAGAAGCGUUAAUCUCGAGGGGGUGACAAUGCAGAGCUUGAAAUAGCAGCAAUUUAUCCGAGUAACUGUAAUUUAUUUUGUUGGACUGAUGAAGCGGGUUUGCAAGGGAUGGAAGAAAUUUAGUAGAAGGAAAACUGUAACGAACGUAAUUAGCAAGAAAUUCGCGGAAAGAGCGUUUGUUGGGGAUGAAAAAUGAGAAAAGCAGGGUAGGUGAAGUGAUUGAAAUUUGUUGCGAACAAAGUUGCAAGAAUUAGUAAUUACAAGUGUUUUCUAGUGGGACAAGAAUUGCUAGGAAUAAAGUUCCUUGAAUUGUCGUCGAUAUGGAAGAUUCGAAAAGCAACUUUCUUCAUGGAAAAUGUAUCUUUGGAAAGAUAAUUAUUUUUGAACGUAUUUAUAUUCUUAUCAAGUGUAUACGAGUUUUUACUGCUAUCUGUUUAUUUCUUCCAAACGUGUCUCUUCGAGUGCAUGUUACUCUUUAUACAAUAUUCUAUUUUGUCUAAUUUAAUAGUAAU